AUGUUUCUAAAGAGAAAGCAAACAGCACCACAAUACGAUGACGAUGAGGUGGAAAAUCAAUAUGAUGAUGCGGAACAAGAACCAAUAGAUGAAGAGGAUGAAUUAAAUGAUGAUGAACUAAAUGCACUCUAUGAAGAGGAACAACAGGCUGACAAUUCCGAACAACAAGAACAAGAUGAAGAUGAAGAAAUGGAAGAUGAUGAAGAGGAGGAUAAAGAAUCAUCUUCGGAGGAUGAAAAAACACUUUCAUUUGCUGAAAGAUUGGCACUCAGUAAUAUGAAACCAAAAUCAAAUUUCAAAACAAAUGAUAAGCAUCUUCAACAACAAAAUAGACAUCGUAAUGGUAAACAUCAUACUCCAACAAAGAAAAAAGUUGAAAAGGGUGAAAAGACUGUUAUUGAAAGGAAAAAUAAGAAUGCUCCAAAGGAAGUGAGUUCAAAACUCAAACCAAAAUCCAUUCCAGACAUUGCAAAGAGAUUGGGUUAUGUGAAAAAAAAGUCACGUGAUCCUAGAUUUGACCCAACAGCAAGUGAUACAGAUCCAUCAUCGUUUAAACAAUUUUCUGGCCAUUAUAAACAUGUUUUCGAUCAAUUAAAGGAUGAAAUAGACGAAAAUAGAGAAAGAUUAAGAGAUAAAUCACUGACCUAUGAGGACAGAAAUGAAAUUCAAAGAGAAAUUUCAAGACUUCAAACCAGAAAUAAGAAAUUCGAAACUCAAAAGGCCGUUGCAGAGGUCAAAGACUCAUUCUACAAGAGAGAAAAGAAAUUAAUCUCAGAAAAGGGUAAACAAGCUUACUUCUUAAAAGAUUCUGAUGUGAAAAAGAUUCUCAAAGAAAGAAAAGUUGAAGGUAUCAAAAAAUCAGGCAAGAUGAACAAAUUCAUCAAAAAGACCAAGAGAAAGGAUAAGAGUAGAGUUGCCUCACUCAUGCCAACCAAGAGAAGAGAAUAA